AUGGCAUUUUUAUUGCUCGUGGCCAUGCAUUUUGGCACUGUUCUGACAGAACCAUCCAUGAAGUCCAGUUCUAUCAGUUCAGUGACUGUGUGGCCGAAGACAUUAUUUCCCGUUGAAUUAGGACAAACUGUUACUUGGGUGUUUAGUCCUGUUGGAGGUGCUGACUACGAUGUUAACUCGGCACUCAGUUUUGAUAUCGGUGGUCAGAGAGCUUACCGCGUUCAAAAAGACAAGUGUGGCGGUCCUCUAGAGAAAUAUUUUUCGUGCAUUUACAAACCUCAAAACGAAAUCUCGGUCACUUUCACACCAGAAGAAUCUCAUUAUGGACAGAUGUUACAAGUUUUUUAUUAUAAGGAUAUGUAUUCCUUGUGGCUUGCAGAUACACCUGCAAUAUUCUCUGAAACUAUUCAGUUGAUUAAACAACCUACAUUUGUUAAAAUGGCUAUGGAACUAAAAGAAGCUUCUCGCUAUAUUCAUAGUGUACCAACCAAUCUUCGUUUGGACCCUCCAAUAUUUCUUACAGGCUCAAAUGUUAGAAUUGAAUGUUCUACUGAUGGAUCGUUACCUCCAGCUCCAAUAAGUUUCAGUAUUGAAUGCCCACUUCCACCAACAGCUGUUGUUGAACACGAUCGAGUUACUCAAGCUAAACAAAAUUUAGCCUAUGAAGUUUUUUAUGCAGCCUAUGGUUUUCGUUCCCCUCCAACACUAUCUGAAUUAGCUCCAUAUGUUGCACGAAAAAACGCUGAUCAACUUCUACGUCUUGGUCAUGUAUCAUCAAGUAAAGAUAACUUAACUUUAACUGCUCGUCUAACCAUUAAUGAAAAGGCACACGAUUGUCAUGUGGUUUGCCGUUUAGGUGGAAAAGAGACACGUCGUAUAUUGACAGUAUACUAUCCAACUACAAUAUCUUAUUUAUUGCCUCGUCCUCGUGAAGGUUUUAUCUAUGUUGGGUCAGAGAUAACGUGCUAUGCCGACGGACACCCACCUCCCAUGUUAUCUCUCCGUCUUACACAACCAUUACGCCCGCCUAACCCACUUACGGUUGAAGAAAUCGACGCUCUACGUCAAGGUGGUCGACUACCUCCUCUAAUUGAAGAUGAUCCUAUAACUAGAGAAUUAACGCUUACUAAUGCAGGACUAGAUAUAGUUCCACAACAGAUUGUACCUUCCCCACCUGGGACCGAAAGUAAAGAUACUUCAUCUGUUGCAUCUUCUGGCACACUUCAUCAGGCCCCAGUGGGUCCUGAUAACAAGUGGCUAAACGGGAAUGGAAAAGAACCUUACGAACGUGCUCAUCGUGUUCCUGGGCUUGGUUUGUCCACUGUGGAGAGGCAUCGUCAAUUAGGUCUCAGACCUGAUGAAUAUAGUAUCCAAGGAGCUACAUUUUACUUAGCACAUAAUGCUACUCCAGGUGUUGAACUUCUUUUAAGUUGCACUGCUCGCAACGUUCUUCCAGGCGAUACAACAUUCUUGGGACUAAAUGGAACAAUUACCCGUACUCGAUUUGUAGUAGCUGUUUUAUCACCGGUUAGUUGGGCUGUAGCACUUGGUAUAUGCUUUUGUGUACUAUUCAUCUUGCUGAUUAUAUUCGGUGUUAUGUUAUUACAAAAAAGAUAUCAAAAUCAAGCAACUCGGAAUGCAAGAAGUACAUCAAGUGGUGGUGGUGCUAAAAAGUAA